UGUGCCGCCGCGCUUUGCCCGCUCGGGGGGCGGCGGUUCCUCGAAGGUGCCGAGAAGAAAAGUCGCCGACAACUUUUUGGCCUUUUUCUUUGCUAACGUGAACGUGAAAGCGAUUUAAGUUUUGAGGAGUUCAGCAGAGGGCAGCAGACGUCCUCUGAAUGAAUGGUGGCUUGUGGGUGUUCGCUCUCAAAAGAGGUUCCCUGCAGCAGAGAGAGGCCGCUCGGGCAGCGCGGAGCGUCCGUAAGAGCUGCUGCGAGCCGCUCUGAACGCGGCGCGACUUUGCGCAGCCCGGGCUCCUGCAAAAACGCCUUCGGUCCUGCGAUGAGCCGUGGGACGACACGUGGAGGCGACUUCACCUUGGCGGGGCCUUUCCAGCAAGCUGUGAGCGUGGAAACAAAUGUCAUCUUGAGAGGAGCAGCCCUUGAGCUGCACUUCGUCUCCUCCGCCUCUUCUCUUUCGCUUGAGCGUUUGAUGUAAGAACAGAAGGGGAAUUUUCUGCCACCUGCUGCAGCGAGGGCUUGGGCUUCCCCUUUAACUUGCCCUUCUUCUAUUUACAUCACGGGUCUGAAGGCAGAGCUCUGCUGCUGAAAGCUGGAAGGUGCCUGCCCGUGUUACUGAUUCUGGGCACUACAGGAACAGCUGUCUGGUGUUUCAGGGAGUGUAGUGCCCACCCACAGACCACUGUAAAAGCCUUAUUUUGAUGAACCUGUGCCAACUUGCAGACAGGUCAGCAUAUCACUUAGGGAACGUGACCUCACACGUGCAGAAAUGCUUUGUUGGCCGUCAUGUUGAGCUGAUGGUGCUGUUGGCACAAUACCUAGCGUGGGCUUUUUUUUCAUUUGCCCUCUUCUGUCAGUAGUCUGCAAGGACUCAUUUCUGAUCACACAUCCUGUGCUCUCACUUCUGUGGCUGCACGCUCUGCCUCUGUGCUAGCUGCUGUAUGUCCAAAAAAGGUGAAGAUGGUUCAGUGUUGGUGUUUCGAUGAGUAAGACGCACACUUUGGCUGGCACGCUAAGAACGAGGUACUGCUUGGACAACAGCAUUCUGAACACUGCUUUUUCAUCUAUUUUCCAGUAAGAGACGUACUUCAGAACUUGUGGUACAGAUUUUGAAGGCUACUGACAUACUCCUGUUACUGCCCGGUUCCUUUUAGUGUCAUGCACACGAUCCCAUUGAAAUGGAUCUUUUUCUUUCUUCUCAUAUUUUCUGCUGUAACCAUGUGGUACAUUACUUUUUCUUCAAACGCUGUGGUUGAGCACGUGAACAGCAUGUAUUUCUAUGAGUAUGAACCGGUGUACAAGCAAGCCUACCUCUUCACGUCGCGUCAACACUUGAAAUGCAAAGACAUAAAUCCAUUUCUGGUCAUCUUGGUGUCUUCGAGACCUAAGGAUGUGAAGUCAAGGCAAGCCAUAAGGAUAACAUGGGGAUCUGAAAGCUCCUGGUGGGGACAUCGAGUUCUAACCCUGUUCUUACUGGGUCAGGAAACGGAAACAGAGGACAGUUCUGCAGCACUGUCAGUGGAAGAUGAAAUCAUUCUCUAUGGUGACAUAAUUCGCCAGGAUUUUGUGGACACUUACAACAAUCUUACCUUGAAAACGAUCAUGGCGUUCAGAUGGGUGUCUGAGUUCUGUUCUAAUGCUAGAUUCAUCAUGAAGACGGACACCGAUGUCUUCAUCAACACUGGUAACUUAGUGAAGUUUCUUCUGCAGUUCAACUCCUCAGAAAGCAUUUUUACAGGUUACCCUCUCAUAGAUAACGUUGCCUACAGAGGCUUUUACCAAAAAACAUACAUUUCUUAUGAUGAAUAUCCAUUCAAGUUUUAUCCUCCAUACUGCAGUGGGAUGGGUUACGUACUGGAUGGAAAACUGGCUCUGAGGAUUUAUGAACUGAUGGGUCAUAUCAAACCUAUAAAGUUUGAGGAUGUUUACGUGGGAAUUUGCUUAAAUAUACUCAAGGUGAACAUCAGUAUUCCAGAAGGUAAUCAACAAUUCUUUAUUGAUAAAAUUAAUUUCGAUAUCUGUAAAUACCGACGCUUGAUUGCAGUGCAUGGCAUCACGCCAAGUGAAAUGAUCAGGUUCUGGAAGGAUUUGUCAUCUGUCAUUUCAGUUACUUGCCUUUGAUUCUGUACUGACUUAUGGAUAAAUGCACACUUGUAUCACCUGAAACUUCGAAUUCCAGUGUAAAAAUGUUGAACUGAAGUACGGGGAGCAUGGAACAAAGACAGAUGUUGAGAUGACAUUGAUUGAAAGCCAGCUGUGCUGCAGCAGCAGAACUGUGAGGGCAGCAUUCCUCUGGGAUCCUCUGAGGCUCCCGGUGCCUUUAUUUAGGAACUGACACAUUUCCAUGUGCCUAUCCUGUGCACAGAGGGUGCUUGGAAUGCGCUGCACUGUCUUGCUUUGACCCUUCUCUGUGCACUCUGCUGUAACCAAGGGAUGUCUGCCCAAAUCUCCUGGAAUUCAUGAUGAAGUGUCACUGAAGAAUAAUGUUUAUGUCAAGAAAUGAGCCGGGAAGAUGCUUCUCAAUCACUGCUUAAUGAUAUUUCUUUUGGUCCUUCUGUGAACUGCGUGAUCCUUUGCCACCCUCAAGUUAGUUGUUCUCUGCGCAGCACAAAACUUGCAGCUACCUUCUUAUUUAAAUGUAUCAGCUCUGUCCUUCUGGGAGCUUUACAUCUUCUCAUUUAAACAGUGUUCAGAUGUAUGUAUGUUUAUAGUCUGUGUUCAAGCAUGAGCUUAUUUGUGUACAUGCAAAAUAGAAUCGCUGUGAUGUCUGUCAGGUAGGACUGCUAAUGCUCGCAGGCCGUUGCAGGGCUUGGUGCAGAAGAGCCCACGUGCAGUUCAGGUACGAGCUGCCUCGUGUGGUGGUGCUGUAGGAUAACACUGGUGUGGGUGCUGAUGCACCCCGAGUUGUUGUAGCUACACAGGGAAGAUUCAGACAGAUGUGCUUAAGCUGUGACUUCAUGCCCAUUUCAAAACAGUUUUCUUGCUUAAAAUUUUAAAGUGAAAACAAGAAUGUCCUUCUAGGCUUCUCAUGUCUUAAAGAAGACAAACGUGACUGUAUCUGUAAAGAUGGGUAUUUUAACCACUUUAUUCAUACCAGCAAGGCCAAGGUUUCAGUAGUUUACACUUUUAAUUGACAGCAAUACAGAAUUUGCAAUUGCAUGAACAAUUAUCCUAGACACAUCUAAUACACAGUGAAGAUACUGUAGUUACAUCCUGUACAUCUAGAAUGACAGAGCACUGCCACCUUUUGUUCUCCAGCUAACGUUACGACGUAUUUACAUUUGGCUGUCUUUCAGAUAGUCUCUUAGAGACAAAUUAGAAGAGGUGCAGAAACCUCCAGUACCCAGGCUGAGGUUUCACCAAUGCUUUUGUUACAUUGUGGUAACGGUCAGUACUGACUUCUGUCUUUUCCGUAACUGUACAUGGUUUUACAGUGGAGUUAUAGGACAUUACUUUUUGAAAUACAAAAAUGAUGUCUUGGAGAGAAUAUUGUCUAGACAAGUACUUCAGACUUCAGUGUUCUAAGAAUGUUUGCCAAGAAGGUCAAAGUUUUUCAAAAUUGGAUUUUGUUGCUGCUGUUAAACUAAUAGCUAAAGAUACAGUAUUGCACAACUGAGGAAAGAAUGCCAGGUGGCUCCUGAAGCAGAGGAAGCUGCAGCUGUUCCUCUGGGUUUGGGCUCCACGGUUGGUAGCACUGCGCUCAGCUCCAGGGAGCUCUGUCAGCAAUGUGAACUGUUUGUUGGUUGUUUCUACGUGGAAAUAAAAAAGCCUUCUUGUUUUGCUUUCA